AUGGUCAUGAAGCGGUGCUGCGUAGAAUCCCUCGAAUUUCAAAACCGAUAUUUCGAUUACUGGGAAGAUCGGCUGUGCGCCAAGAAAGAAAGUCGUGAAACAAAGGAUUUCGACAUAGAUCCGCGUCUGAUGAUUAUGCUACGGGAAAGCAGGGAACGAGUUGGCUCACCAUGUUCAAACGGAUUUCUACAAAGGCUGUGGACAGAGUUUCCACAAUAUGACAGAAGUUCAGAGACAUUUCAAAGUUCGGCACAUUGCAUUUUCGUUUUCGUUAAAAACUUGUCACUUUUUAGAUAA